AUGACGCGCCGUUAUCGAAGAACUGAAAGAGAAGGAGCGAGCUCUGGACCGGGAGAUCGCGGAGCUGCUGUCCGAGUACGGCCCCGUUACAGCCCCGUUACGGCCCCGUUAUUGUCCCGAGGGUACAAUGUGGAGGAAUUGGAGAAGCACAUCUCUCUGCUCCAUGAGUAUAAUGAAAUUAAAGAUGCUGGGCAGAUGCUGCUGGGCAAACUGGCUGUUAUCCGAGGGGUUACUACGAAGCAGCUGUACCCUGAGUACGACCUGGAGCUCAAUGAUUAACAUGGGACCCAUAGACUGCUGUGACCUGCAGACCUGACUGCUGCAGGGCUGUUGUGUUUGGGUGUCGUGCCCAUUUAGAGCCAACAGAAAUGGCUUCUAUGCUGAAUUUCAAGAGGUUUCAUUAGCAGCCACGUUUCUCAGCAGUUUUGGGAUGUGCAAGUUGUGGAUGAUAUCAGCUCAUUCCUGUUUGUGGGAGGGGGAUGUUGGGGCUGUGGACUUGGGGUGCUUUCAGUUUGCUCUGCUACCUCAGAAACCCUAUUUGUAAUUGUUGUUUUGUAAUUGGAACGGCUGUAAACCAAGGUUGAUGCUAAAGCUCUUCCCAAUGAGCCUUUGCUUCCCUGCAGCAUCCAGGCUCAAUCUGGGUAUGUUAACCUGCAGGUGGAGCAGCCUCUGAGUGGAUGGAGGAAAUCAGGGCACACCUGUAUACAAUAGCAAUGGGACAGCUGCUGUCUCAGGAAAGCCAUCAGGAGAAGAGAGGACUGAAGGCUGAAGUUGUGAUGGUGGUUUGGUUCUGAUUGGAUCUGGAGGAGUUUGAGCCAUUUUGUACUUAACUGCUUUAACAUCCAGAGGGUUUGUAUUGUUUCUUUAGUAAUCGGAGCAUUGUGUUGAACUGUCUGACCUGAAUUAAAGCAGCCAUUGCAUCCCUCAGUAAUUCA